CCCCAUCCGCUCGCCAUUCAUCAUCAACGCCUUGGAUCACGCGAUUUGGAUUUGGAGUUCUUUUGGAUAGUCGUGCCAUCCAUCCAUCAUCAUAAAAAUCACGAAACGGAACAUCGACAGCUCCGAGUCUAGGGCAAGUCCUUGCGCCUCGCCUGCACGUGUGCUUCAUCUAUAUCUACAUCAACGCGGAAGGCUGUCCAGCGCUAAUGGAGUUUGUUGAAUAGGGUUGCAGGAAGUACAGUACAGUUACUGCACUGCUACUGUGGUCAUCCUUGAAGCGCAGCGGUGUACUCGCCAUGCUCCAUCCGCAUCAUAUACCGAACUGGUGUCCACCCCACGCGCGUCUGGAGGCAAUACGUGUAUCCCGACCCUUUGGCUCCGGUGCUCGAAGCCGGCGGUCUACUAUACGCCAGUUCACUCAGUUCACUUUGCGGUGCUCCAAAGCCCGAGGCCACCGGGAGAGAACUGUCCCGGGGAUACCCCAGCGAUUGUCGCAUGUGCUGAUGCAGGGCAUCGCUCUGUGACUCUGAAUAGCUCGCAUUCCGGUGCUAGGUGCUGCGCUUGCGCUGCAGUAGCCGUGAUACUGAUGUUGAUUCUGAUUGAUAGAUCUCUUGCGAGUCCUAUGACUUUCUUCUUUUUAGAUAACACAGAUAACGAACGAUUGCACCUCUUCGAAGGAGUGGGGUCACCGCGGGGUUUACGACGAUCCUCUGUACGCUUCUCGGGCUUCUUCGAGCUUCUGAGCUGUUCUGUGUCGGUUGCGAUCGAGGCCGCGGAUGAUUCGCGUUGUGCGACGGACCCCUGUAGUUAGCUGGUGUCUGGUAUGACUGCGCACGCAGAUCCCGAAGCGUGGAAGCGUUCCGGCGCCCAAGGUGUAUUCAUAUACUCAUCCGCCCAUUAUAUGCGUCUCCCUCACUACGGGGCAGGCUAUAGCUAGCAGGAGAGUCACGGGUACCGCACUAGCUUGAAUGGAUAGUGGAAUGUGCUUACGUGGGAUCGCCGCCACCGCCGUCGGUCAAGUUGCCGUUCUCAUGCGUUCUUCUUUAAACAGCCAUCGUGAUGAUGGAUCUGAAUCCAACAGCCUGCCCGCGGAUUAUCCAAAGGCAGAGGCUAUCUAGACGCUAGCGGGGGAUUCCAAAGGUCAGCUAAAUAUAAGAAACACAGCAGCGCACGAGGCGUAUCAUGCCAUCGCAUUCGUCGUCAUCAGGAUCAGGACAGUGACUGUUUCCAAUCUCUGCGUCUCUCACCAUGCCAGACCCGGGAAUAGCCUAGCCCGUAUUCCUGGACCACAGAUCCAAAGAAGAGCCCCGUGCUUCGACCCCUUGUCUGCAUCUGGCGUCCCAUUGAUACUUAUACUCUGUGUCCCGUCCGCUCCGCCUCUCCUCUCUCCUUGACUGUGCUCCUCUGCACCUCGUAACUGUACUACUAGGUCCCCCGUCACGUUCCCAUCUCCCCCUUGUUCUCUUCUUCCCCCGAGAAACCUUCUACCUCUAUCACUCCGACCAUCCCUCUCAACCUUCGCGGGAGCAGUUAUCCUGCUGCCCAUCAACCCAGCAUCGUCGCAAUAUGUCGUGGCUCAAAGCACGAGACUGGUCCUCGGGCGUCGAGUACUCCUCCCUCUUGAACUCGGGUCUGCGCGCUAUCACAGGCCGUCGUCCCUCCUUCCCCACCGGCACCAACAGCAGCAGUCGACGUAACUCGACUGCCAUCCUCUCUACCCCACCUUCGCGUGAUGAUGACUCGGGCAGCUCGAAAGUCAACCCCAGCGCACGGCACAACCGCCGCUCGUCGAUCAUCUCCCUUUCGUCGAAGCUCUUGACACGCGCACGGAGCUCGCCGCAGCGCAAGGGGAGUGCAACGGAGGGCUCGCCCACACCGCGUCCUGCCAGGAAGGAGAGGAAAGGCCCAGCAAAUGGCGGCGAGAAGACCGUCAAGCCACGGCCGUCAUCCAUGUUCGUCCACGCGUCGUACCAGAUCCCCGACCUGUGGCCCGUGCGCAAGGGCCGCUUCAGCUCGUUCAGCCCCGCCGCGUCGGACACGUACACGUUUGAAGAAGAGCUUGAGGGGCCAGAGUACGACGAGUCGGUGGACCCGUUUUCGUCUGCGCCCAAUGCCAAGUCGUAUAUUCUCGAUAUACGCGCACUCGAUAUGCCUCCGACGCAACCGCCAAGUUCCCAUGCGUGCUCUCCAUCGCCGUCCCCCCGCGCACCCGCUGUGCUCUCGUCCUCGCCGAUUCUUUCGCCUGAAGACCGCGCGUCGUUCCUCUCCCUUGCCCCGCCUACACCCGACACUUCAUCCCCGUCACCGUCGCGCGUGCGCACGCCACCGCCACGGCGCGCACGACCGGUGUCAGCGCAGACGAUGCCCGCGCUCAGAAUGGGGCUCUCGUCGUUCUCAUCUGUGCCGUCGUCGCGCCGCGACUCGGUGCACUAUGGGUACGAUGCUGCAACCGACGAUCUUCACGACUCGGACGACGUGUACAGCCCGUACCCGGACCCACCACCGUACUACUCCUCCCACCCCCACUCCCACCCCCACCCUAGGGAUAACGACGCCGGUGUGGUUCGUCGAGCACCGUGGAUGCUCGAGGAGGACGAGUUCGAGACGAGCCCGGUCGACUGUGUGCCGCAGUACCACCGCGACGGAGACGCGAUUGAGAUUGAGGAAGUCAGCAUGCUCGAUCUGUCGGACGGCGAGGAAGACUAUGAUGAUUAUGACGGUGUGCUGCACGAGCGCGAGCGUCUGGCGGGUCAGCUCCGGGUCGGGCUUGGGCUUGGGCGUGGGCGUGGGCUUGAUGGCGCACCGGCUGAAUGGGUACGGGGCGGAGCUGCAGGGGAGGAGGAGGAUUGGCGGCGGUUUCAUGUUGAGGUGCUGCAGACGCUGAGGCCUGUGUUGUGAUGUAACCGGGGUCGUGGUGGUCUCUGGCUCUGGCCGAGAGUCGAGAACCGAGAGUCGGGGUUGGGGGUCGGGGUCGAGAGGCUGUUUAGGUUUGCGACGGCUGCGAUGGUGCGGUGAUAUGACUGCUGUGGUCAUCCUUGUUUUUUUGGAUAGUGCUUUGGAUGAGGGUUGGAUGGACGGAAAGAAGGGAGGGUGGUGGUGGCGGGGGUGAUCAGUCAGCCGUGAUACGACGAGUGCGGAGAUCUGCAAUCAGGCCUGCUCAGGUGUUGACUAUGUGAUCAAGCUCAAGGCUAGUGGGCCGACCGUUGCGCGGGACAAAAGCGUUGUAUAUAUUCUUUCUCUCUCUUUUUCUUCUUCUUUUCUUUUCUUCCAUGCAGUGUGCUAUGUUUUUUCUUCUCGGAUUUCACCUCCCAUCCCCCAUCGAUAUCUCCCAUUCGCCAUCUUUUAUUCUUCACCUCCCACCUCAUGCACGUACAGGAUUCGCGAUGUAAGUAAAACGCCUGAUGAUCACGAUGAUGAUCAGCCCCUGCCUCGGGAGCCAGGAUGAUGUAUCCCCAUGUUAGCUUAGAACAGUAGUUGUAUUCUCUCCACGUUCGAACGUCCCCAUCAAGUGUUUCAGAUACGCCUGCCU